AUGUCUUCUGUUGAUCCCAAGAUGAAAUCAUGUUCUCCCGAGGACCCAAAACAGGACCCAAAACGGGAUACUUCUCUAGGGAGCAUCACCAAUAUCUCCCCUAAGGAGUCUCGCCGAUUCUUGGACAAACAGACAUUGAGUUAUGCCAGCUUACUGGGAAUGCUUGAAGACACACACCUAGAAGGCACGCAAUUCUCAUGGGUAGCCUCAGUGUUUUACUUUGGAUAUAUGUUCUGGUCGUACCCGACCAUGUACCUGUCAGUGCGUUUGCCGAUUGGAAAAUACCUAGGUACCACCGUACUUGUUUGGGCCGCUGUCCUUAUGUGCCAUGCAGCCUGCCACAACUUCGCAGGCCUAGUAAUUACCCGAUUCUUCCUUGGUGCCCUCGAGGCAUCCAUCGCCCCGGGAUUCUCCCUGAUCACUGGCAUGUGGUACACGCGACGCCAGCAGCCCCUCCGGUACGGGCUGUGGUUUACGGGUGGUUCGAUAGCUUCCUUAUUUGGAGGGUUGCUCUCCUAUGGCAUUGGACAUAUAAACAACAGCCUAGCCGCGUGGCAAUAUCUGUUCCUCAUCUUCGGCGCUGUCACUGCUCUAUGGGGGAUUGUCAUGCUUGUUUUUCUCCCAGACACACCAUCCAAAGCCUACUGGCUGACUCCCGAGGAGCAAUCGACCGCAAUCAAAAAUAUCAUGGCUGAUGGCCAGGCUGGCGUAAGGAGCUCCUUCAAGAUGUCGCAGGUAUUCGAAGCCCUACGGGACCCGGUAACCUGGUUCUUGAGCCUGUACACCUUCUGUGUGAACAUUGCAAAUGGAGGACUCACAGCUUUCGGGUCCCUUGUCGUGCAAGGAUUUGGAUACGAAGGUCUCCAAGCCCUCUUGAUCCAAAUGCCCACAGGUGGCGCCCAGUUAUGCUUCGUGAUCAUAAGUGCCGUGCUGUGCUCGUCAAUUCCCAACAUCCGCAUGCUGACUAUGAUGGCACUUACGCUUAUCAGUUUGCUGGGAAUGGUGCUCAUGUACGCUCUGGAGGAAAGCAACCAAGCUGGUCGUAUGGCAGGUUUUUGUCUGAGCUUGGCUUUCUCAGCCAACAUGCCGCUUGCCAUGUCGCUAAUCACCAGUAAUGUGCGUGGUCUCACCAAGCGGGCAGUGGUUAAUGCUAGUGUUUUGGUGAUGUAUUGCGUGGGAAAUAUCGUUGGUCCGCAGUUCUUCAGUGUAAUUGAGGCACCAAGGUAUAGGAAGGGUAUCACAGCUAGUCUAGUUGGGUUCGGCUUGGGAUUUUUCUGGCUGGUGUGUCUGCGACUAUAUUUACAGUGGCAGAAUAAGAAGCGAGCGAGUGAGGUGCCAUCUGAUGUACCACCGGAGGGGCUGCUUCUGGAAGAUCUGACUGAUUGGGAAACUCCUGGGUGUCGAUAUGUUCUAUAG